AGAGUGUCUGAGAACGAGAGAGAAAGGGGCAGACAGAGAGGAGAAGGAGAGGGGAGACGGAGGAAGAGAGCCUUAGGUGCAACGAGUCUGCCUGCUAUUUAUUUGAUACCUCGGAUGCUCUCGGGAAGAAACACGAAGGUUGAAGGUUGAACAGGCGGAGUUAUCGGCGGAGAUUCUCACGUAUAGUGUCGACCAAUCGGAGAGAAGGGAUUGGAGCUGCUGGGAGAGUGGGUCGUCAGAGAAUGAUCGUUGCUCCCGCUGCUCCUGCUGCCCUGACUUCGGCGGGCAAGGCACCGAUCAACAAGCGCAAGACCCCCUACGGAACAAUCGUGCGUGCGUGAGCUCCCCUGACAAUCGCCGGUGGCCGUUGUACUCCUCGCGGUACAGAGUAAUUGACUGACCUGGAUCGUGCAGCGGUAUCCUUGUGGAAGCACGGCAACCGGGAGCUGGUCCACAACGUUCGCAGCGUGCACGCUUCAGACAAGAACGAAGCCAGCUGCAGGUGGAGCGGUCCCCCGCCGCCGGCACCCUUGACGAACCCUUGGGUCUCGACGGCUCUGCGGAUGCCGGCAUGGAACAACAGCAAGAGGAAGAAGCGCAAGACCCAACUGCCAAGCCCGUGGAGGGGGGCAAGCAACAAUACCCACCGCCGCUUCCAGCGUCAUGGUCGCCGCGUCUCGACGUAGCAUCGGCGUUCUUGUCCGAUCAAACCCUGGAGGAGGACGCCGCGAAGCUGGCUGACCUCCGUCUCCAGAUCCAAGCGUCAAAGCUAGCGUUCGUCGUCGAGAAGAUGAGGGAAGCGCUGGUCGAGCUCGGGUUCACGCUGAGGCGGGAGGAGGCAGCCGUGGGAUCCACGGCCAACACCAUCCAGGAGUUCCUCGACAGGACCUGGGCCGGCCGCCACGUCAGUCGCCAGGGCUUCAGCCCCCUCGACUGCGGCGGCAUUGAGUGCCCCGUUCCGUUCGGAUACAACAGAGACGGCGUCGACUCGCUAAAGAUCAGCGCUCUUCGAAAGGAAUGCAUCGCCAAGUUUGGCUCCGACAGGGAUGGCAGCGGCAGAGGCCGCAGCAGCCGGGUAGCUGGAGGAGGCGCUGUGGUCAAGGCUAAGGGUGGUAGUGGUGGUGGUGGACGUGGCGGUUGCGGGGGCGAUGCCGAAGACUUCUUUCGGUCCUCUUGCGGGUUCGAAGUGUGGCGAGACAUGACGUUCGUGUUCUGCGAGGAGCUGGGGUGGGUGUUCCUGCACCAGGCCACGAAGCAGGCCGCCUCCGUCGUCAAAGACAUGUUCAGCACGGUCCACUGCCAGGAAAUAGGCGUCCUCAUGACGGACCAGGGCAAUAAGGCUACCAUCGAGGGCCUAGCCUCCGCCUUUGCCUCUUGCGAUGACGUGUCUGUCCGAAUCGACGGUGCCAUCGUCAAGGUUGCCGGGGCGGAGCAGCAAGUGCUGCAAGUGUCCAGGGCCAUCGAGGCAAUCGACAACAGCGCGCAACGGCUCUACUCCCCGGCGUACUGGUAUUUCCAGGGUCCAGCCGUGUACACCGGGAUACCGGCCUGGUUCCCCAUGGAACGCGCCGCCAGCAACAGCCUGGAGCACGCCUUCCUUCACCGGACGGAGUCGAACGGGGAAAGCUCAGCGUCGUACUCGACGGGAGGUUUUUCCUACUUCGCCAACUUUGUCCUCAUGACGCAGGCGAGUGACCAUUGUAACGCUGCGACGGGAAUGGUGCGGGCCAUCAAGCGCGUCGUCACGGACCGGAGGGUGUCCCCGCUACCUCGGUGCCCCUCAGCCAACGUGCCUCUCACUCCUUUCCGCGCGGGCACCACCGUCAGCCUCGUGGACGUGUCCGAGGCGGACGAGAGGAUGGUCCGAGACGCCGUGGAAUUUUCCUACCAAGACUCAGCGGUGAUCAGGGUCCAACACAUCUGGAACUCCUUCUUGUGGGAGCACUACUCACAAAACGCCAAGUCUAUCGGGAACGAGCACAUGCUUUUCCACGGGGCUCGUUCCCACGCGAUCAACAGCAUCAUGCGAACGGGUUUCGAGAAAAGACUGGCGGGAUCGAUCAACGGGGCGAAAUUUGGGCAGGGAUGUUACUUUGCCCGGGACGCACUCCUUGCCGCUAAGUACAUGGCCAAGCCGCCAUGUGGCGGCCAGAUAAUCAUGGCCAAGGUGCUCGUCGGCGAGUUCGUCCGCGGAGACGCGAGCAUGCUCAUCCCGCCCAAGAUGGGGACGGGGGAGAGGCACUACGACACGACUACCAAUGAUGACUAUGCACCGUCUCUUAUUGUCACGUACAAGGACUGGCAGGCCUACCCGAUGUACCUCAUCACCUUCGCCCCAAGGGAGACGUAGGACCUGGUAUCGGCCGUUGCUGGGGGCCCCGGUGUUUCUUCUGGACGCAUGGAAAGACAUCACCUACUGAGUCCAGACAGGUGUGCCGCUGACGGUACCGGACGCCUAUGCGACAGGGGGCCCGUCGACUGGGACAAAGCUGUUGUCACCUUCUCCCGGUCCAUAAUAAACUGGUUCGCCAUGACCUUUGGGGCGAGGGAGGCGCUUUUUCAAGGCAGCCAUAUGCAGCGUGCCUGUUCGGGUUAUCACUACUGUCGUUCACUUUCUGACGCGAAUGGUGUCCCUCAGUCCAGCCGACGGGCAUGCGGGAACAAGAGAGAGUUGUCCCCCGAAAGUCAACGAUCGACGGUUUCUUCCGUCUGCCGGUCGCUCGGUGCCUCAUUUGGGACGACCACAAAAUGGAUGAGGGCUGGUUGGUGGAUAGCUAGCACACCAUUGUUGAAAGCAACCAACAGAACGUUGUCGUUUCGCACUGUCUGGUGUGUAAGAUACGGCAAGUUCGAGACACUCUUUAUUGUUGUUGUUGUUGUUGUUGUUGUUGUUGUUGUUGGUGUCUUUGUUUGUUUGUGCACACCAGCACGUUUGUAGGGUUUGCGUGCGCCCCCUUCAGUGUUUUUUUUCUUGUCUCGACGAGCAAGGGUGGCGCGAUCCGGGCGUGUCAUGCCACCAGAUGCCGCUCUUGUCGACCACGCUAUCGUGUGAGCCCCCUCCCGGGAGCUGGUGUACUUUGAAAUCAAACAAGUUUUAGAGCGGGACUAGAUGGGGCUUGACGUAUUGUUGUGGAGUGGUGCGUUUGAGUGGCGUUUUGCAGUAUUCGAGGGUGAGUCCCUCCCUCCCCCCCCCUCGUUGCCCUCCCCUCCCCUUGGUUUUCUUCCUCUCUUUGUAAGCCAUGUGUUUGUAUGCACGACGAGGUUGGCGGCGGAACAAAGUGGAAUAUGUAUACGUUGGUGCGAGCGGGAAGGUGGUUUGGCUCAACAGUAGGGGGCACGACGCGGAAGGUUUUCAUCAACUUCAUUGUGUCGCCCGCCGCAAUAACUUGGCGGAUAUGGCAUGGCUAAUCCCCACCCCAACACACAGAAGUACAUUUGUAUCUUACGAGUGAAGAAACAUUUUUUUUAUGAUUUCUGCGGUGCGUUGGUUGAUGGGUUUGAAUCGUGAUGUCUCAAGCGCUUGAAAAUAAUCGAAAUUUGAAAAAAAACUUGAGUAUGGAGGAGAGUCAUGAUAAAAUAUAUUGAGGUUUGGCAUCCGGGGGAUGAAAAUUUUGUAUUUCGCUGCUAGCCGACAGCCGUUCAUUGUAGUCAAUGACUAUGCAUAUAUCUGCGUGGGGUGUAUUUGUAGAGUAGCGCGGAUCGGAGGGUGCGACGCAGACCAAGGUUGUGGAGGGUGAUACUCAUUAUCGUGGGCUGCGCGAUCAGGUUCAUGUGCUUAUGUUAGGUGCAUGCUCGUACGAUAUGCGUCCGUGUUUUUUUGACGGGAAUAAACCGCGCUGAUCAGCUCACCAUCGAAAAAAACGCCGGUGUUAUGCGUGGCUGCGUGAUCGGCUGAAAUCGUGGUGUUAAUUCUGGGAGGAGGGUGUAGCGGGCAAAUGUGCAUCGCGACGGGCCGUGUGUGCUUGGAUUUACAUUGGAGGGGGAGGUGCGACUGUGUGGCGGUGGGUGCAUAUGCUUGAAAGCUUUUACCACGGGCUCCACACUGCCCGCCACAGCCAGAAUAAAGUUGGCAAGUGGUGCUGCCGUGCUGCGGUGAAGAGAACCAGGUGGCGUUGGUUGCUCACGGCGAAAUUCUGCGAGCAGAGGGCGGUAGUUCGGCGGUACGAUUGAGAGUGACGAAAUGGGGUGGGUGCGGUGGGUUCCUGUCUGCACACUCGUGGGUGGCAAGCACGGAUAUUGUUUUUCUUCUCCACAAUCCACAACACCGAGACUCCUAUUUGCCUCUGCUGUCACAUUGUUCCAUCGGUAACGGGUGGUGGGUGGUGACCUUAUGCUGUCCCGUUAACGAGGAAUUAUAACUUGCGUGGUCUGAAACUGCGAUGGGGGUCGACAGAGAGGGGCGACGUGAAUCACGGUUCGUGUAUGUACUGCACGGCAUUUUGGUUUCGAUGUACUGUAGGGCGUGUGGGGCGGCAUGCGUUGUUGUGAGCGAGGCACAUUAUUUUCUUUGUUGCAUACGUGGACUGCUUCCUUUCACUUGGCGGGAAACUCGGAAGACUUUAGACGAAUGAAUGUGGCGGGCAAGUUGUGAGCCUGACGCAAUAUUUGCCAUCUGUCUUGUCAUAAUCCUAUGUCUACGCUGCUGGUCGUGCUCCUCGACGGCGCCAUGUGUGAUACACUCGCCGCCAGGUAUAGUCUAUGCCGCGUGUGUUCCUCUUCCAGGAUGCCCAGAUGUGCUUGUUGGCGUCCGCACAGCAGGAAGGCUUCAAGUUUUGUUUCUUCGUGGGUGUGUGCAUGUGUGUGUUUGUGUUUUCGUCCUAUUUACUAUGGCGACAGUCCCCCCAUUUUUCGUGGUGAGGCGUGUACUACCGUCAUCAGCGUAUGUAGAGUUCUACACUUUUCAGUAUUUUUUCGUACAACUAUAACCAUCGAGGGUCACACAGGAGGGGGUAAACACCAGGGCUGUCUUUCUUCUUUUUGUUUCUUUUCAUGCCCCGCCUUCCUCCUGCGGUGCGUGCUGAAAUUUAUUUUUAUCGCGAGGAGGGUCCAGCCGUCCCUUUCCCUCGUCAACGGUGCUAACGUCGAAGUCUGGUACUCACGAGAGCUUGUUAGCUAUGUUUCGUUUUCACCUGCAAAUUUCGUAUUUUUUUCACUCCAUGGGGAUUCGAACUCACGGCCUCUGUGACUAGCGGAUUACGAGGGUACCACUAGCCCACCGGGGCGACCGGCAUGUAUGUGCAUCAAUGGGAAGCAAAGUGUUUGAACGGGGGCCGCACAUACAACCAUCGUCGCGCCCUUCGCACCCCCCCUGCCCCUCUCUGCACGCGUAUAGCUGCACCACAAACGCUUCACGCUGCUGCGUGUGUCGGGAUUCGUGCACCAUCAGCAUCGCAGAUAAGACUACUGCCAGGUAUUGAGUCGCUACCCCGCCCCGCGGCUCAUUACCCCGUCCUACCUACAGCAUAAGUACAAAAUCAACGUACGUAGCGCCGGGCGCUUCAUGCUCAAUUUCUGAGGGCAUUUUCCCCAAGUUUGUCCAAAAUCUGGUGCCUCGGUAUCUUAUGUACGAACAUGUGCAUAUUCGUUUCUUGUGGACGGGCGGGCACACUGCUGUACAGUAGCGGCUACGGUUUAAGAGAGGGUCGGUACAAGCCAAUUUCACUCUCUUAAAUCUGGCUUCCUGUUAUAUCGUGUUGGCUACGGUAUAAGAGAGAAUUCUCUUAAACAGUAUCUCACUAUAAAAGAGAAUAUUCACUUAUAUCGUAGACAAAAAUAAAGGUCGUGAAACAGGGACUCUCGCGCACUGACUACACUCGAAUGCCAUAAUAGGUCAUGAAGAGAGCGUAUCAU